AUGAGUAAAAGCCAGAAUGAACCUCCUCACGAACUGGAAAGCCAAUUUAUAUUGCGUCUGCCCCCGGAAUAUGCAGCUACUGUCAGGAAGAUGGUACGCUCUGGAAAUAUCAACAACAUGAAGGAUAAACUGAAAAUUGAUUUACAUCCGGAUCAACGUCACGCAGUUGUUGAAGUAGACAAUGUCUCACUAUCUGCUAAACUGGUUGAUUUGCCUUGUGUUAUUGGAAGCCUGAAGACUCUUGAUAAAAAAACCUUUUACAAAACGGCAGAUAUUUCUCAGAUGCUCAUGUGCAGUGUUGAGGCUAAUGCCCAUUCUUCUCCUGAAGAACCAGUUGCUCCUACUGAUUUUAAAGAAAUCAAGAAAAAUGAAAGGGAGAAACAGAAAAAACAAACCUGGAAACAUGGCAUUACUCCACCACUUAAGAAUGUCAAAAAGAAAAGGUUCAGAAAGACAACCAAAAAGAAAUACAUUGACUCUCCAGAUGUGGAAAAGGAAGUGAAGAGACUGCUGUGUUCAGAUGCUGAAGCUGUUAGUGCUCGAUGGGAAGUCGUUGAUGAAGAUGAUGCCAAAGAAAGCCAAGGCUACAUUUCAGACUUUGAGUUUUCCCCAGAAAUGAUUGCCCACAAGCAGAAUCAUUUUUCAUCAGGUAAAAAAGGAGAGAAGACUACAAUAAGGAUAAAGAUGAAGAGGAAGGAGAAUGAGGAGGAAGAUGAGAACAAGGAGGAAGAAGAUGAUGAGAAGGAUGUGCAAGAGGAGGAAGAAAGGGAAGGAGAGGAGGAAGAUGAAGAAGACUUUGAAGAGGAUCUGGAAUGGUAGCUACAAGCCAGGUUCACUGAAUUAGGCCAGUAUGAGGCAGAGGAAGGAAUCAGUUCACAAGCCAUGGAAAUUCAGAAGCAGAUUUAUUAUGUGGAGAAGAAGCUUGGAAAGAUUCAGGGAAAAGCAAAAAGACAAGAGGAUCUUAUCCAGAGAGUGGAGAACUUGACUCUCAAGAACAGUUUGCAGUGUGUCCUAGAGAAUCUUAAAAUAGAAGAAAGUCAAAGAUAUGAGCAGCUCAUUUUUCUUCAGGAACAACUGAAAUUUGUGUUCGACAAAUGA